AGUUGCUCAAGCAGAAAGACCAAGAUGGCGGACGGAGGAGUUUCACAUUUACCUCUUAUGGCUUUUUGGAUUCAAAUAUAGCUACAAAUACCUCCAAAUCAUUUUUGUUCUAAAGCCCACGACACGGAAGUUGAGUUUGGAGCGAUGGAGUGUUACCUGAAGUGAAGAUUGAAGACGUGAUAGAAGAUGGACGACUACUGCUAUGCUAAGAUGGCGACGUCCGCUAAAAGAGAACAUGAAAGAGAAUCAGCGCCACCAACUUCCAGCAAAUCACCAACGGAGAUAAAGACGAAAGAUGAAGACAUCCAGCAGCUGUUUGGUCAUCCAGAAGAACUGCAGGGAGGGAGCUCCACUCUGAAGCAGGAGGCUCCUCAGCCCCCCCACAUUAAAGAGGAAGAGGAGGAACUCUGGAUCACUCAGGAGGGAGAGUGUCUUCUAGGACUGGAUGAAACUGAUCUCACCAAGUUGCCACUGACUAUUGUCUCUGUGAAGACUGAAGAUGAUGAAGAGAAACCACAAGUAGACAACCUCUUAGCUCCACUAUCAGAUAGUGAGGCUGAAGAUGAGGUUGAAGUAUCUUUGAGCAGCGAUACAGACUGUGAAGGUGAUAUGAGGACUCACACUGACAACAAACAGUCUGAAUGCUCUCAAGAGAGGACAGGUAAAAAAUGUUUAAGCUGCUCAAUUUGUGGUAAAAGCUUUUUUAAAAAGAACACCUUGAAUAAGCACAUGAGAAGACACACAGGAGAAAAAACAUUUACUUGCUCAGUUUGUGGUAAAAGAUUCCUUCAUAAUGCAGACAUGGUAAUACACAUGAGAACGCACACGGGAGAAAAACCAUUCAGCUGUUCAGUUUGUGGUAAAAGCUUUACGCGGAGUGGCACUUUGAUUCAUCACAUGAAAACACACACAGGGAGAAAACCGUUCAACUGUUCAGUUUGCGCUAAAAGCUUUUCUCUCAAAUGCAAUUUGGCUAAACACAUUCGAACGCACACAGGAGAAAAACCGUUUACAUGUUCAGUUUGCGGUCAAAGCUUUACUGAAGAAGGAAAUUUGGCUAAACACACGAGAACGCACACUGGAGAAAAACCAUUUAGUUGUUCAGUGUGCAGUAAAAGCUUUACUCGAAAAGGCAGUGUGAAUGACCACAUGAGAACGCACACGGGUGAAAAAUUAUUUAAUUGUUCAGUAUGCGGUAAAUGCUUUUCUCAAAAGAAAUGUUUGACAAAACACAUGAAAGCACACACAGAAUAAAAAAAGCAUUUAAUCGUUCAGUUUGUGGUUAAAAAAGCUUUACUCAGAAGGGCAGUUGAACUGAACACACGAAAAUGCACAGAGGUUAAUUGCUGAGUUUGUGGUAACAGAUUUACUCACAAGCAUGUCUGUGGAUAUUUUCCUUCAGCCAGGUCACAACGAGUGUGUUGGAAGGAUGGAUUGAUGGGGUUCAUCAUGUUUAAAUAUUAGUAGAAUAUUCUUGUUUAUCACAGUGUAGCGGAAAAGUUGCACAUAAGAUUUUUGUUUUGUUCACUUCAAUGAAAGACUGCAGUCCUUUUAUACAAUUGGUUUAUUUACUUUGGAAGAAUCACCUUAUGGACCAGAUCUGCAGACAUGUGACGUUGGUGACACCUAGUGACCAGUUAGUACGCGGUACUACAAGUACAUAUCACAAUGUAUUACUAUUUUAAAAAUAACAAGAUUCCAGUGAUCAUGGACAAUGGACUAUGGAACUCUUUAAAAUGUAUUAUAACACUUUUUCAAAACAAAUAACAGGUUUAAAAAGGUACUCUUGGCUGCUAAGGUAUGGCACAAUCUUGUAUCUGCAGUAGUUUUAAUUGUGUGAAGGUAAUGGUUAUUUUCCAUGUUUAGUUAGAUUGAUGUCAACACCUGUCACAGCAGGUCAUGUCAUAUUUUGAGUUUGUUGGCGUUUUCCUGUGUUUGGUGUUUUAGUUCCUGUCUCGCGCUCUUAGUUAGGUGGCACUUCCUGUCGUGUAUGUUUCCACCUGCAGGUACUUUACUUUGAAAGAACAAUCAAGUCUAUUCAAGUUGAGCAGUGGCUGCUUUCUGCACGUCGAGACAUUGUGUUUUGUAUUCAAGCUUCUUCUGAGAGGAAAACCACUUUUCUGCUCUGUUGGUUUACUUUGAAGCCUGUUUUUAGUUCUUUUGUCAUUGCAUAGUCUUCCCCAUGCUCCAGCACAUCUCCUUCUGCCCUCGUCUUAUGUUUUUGUCUAAGAUUAAAUAUCGUUCUACCUGCACGCCGUCUCCUUCAGACUUCUGCACAUGGGAUCACUACAAUGCCACCUGAGUGUCACAAUAAAGCUACU